CACGAUUGGAGUUGUUCGUACUCCUGUGAAUUCAAUCAAUUCCAGUCUCUUCCUGUGAUGUAACAAAGAGCUGUAAGAAUGAGGAGCACUGUCGCCCUUGUGCUUGGUCUCCUAAUAGCGGAGCUACAUGCGGCAUCUGCACAGACGGGCGGGUGUGAGCCCGGUUGGUCGAGGUCACCUGACAAGUGUCUCGGCUUGUUUGGCAACGACAUCGAUGGGGCAGAGCGCUCAACGUGGUCCCAAGCCGACGAAGCCUGCAAGUCCAUGGGGGCGAAUCUUGCUAAAAUCCUAGAGCAAAAAACGCAACCAAUCCUAUCUGCCAUGUUAGUACAAGCUCCAGCCUCCAACGUCUGGAUCGGUUUGAAUGACCGAACUGUAGAAGGGGUCUACCGAUGGGCUGAUGGUACCCCUCUGACCGGAUUCGCAAACUGGGGUCCAAAUCAACCCGAUAACGGAAAUAAUGCCUUCCAGGAGGACUGCACGUAUCUACGAGCAAACGAAGAUUUCCCAGGUGAAUGGUACGAUGGAUAUUGUGACUAUCCUCGGGCGUACAUCUGUGAGAAGCCUCAAGAUCCUUCGAUUCCCGUCGACCCACCGAGCUUCCCAUGCUAUGUGGAACUGGAUCCCACCUAUAUCAUAUACGUGAGAGCGUGCUAUAAACUGGAGAGUUCGACCACAAGAUCCUACCAAGACGCAGUCUCUUUCUGUGAAAACGACCACGAGGGCGUCAGAAUCACCUGGAUAGAGGACGCUUUCCAAGAGGCCUUUCUUCAAGCCAUGCUGUUCAAUGCUGGGAUUAAUUCUGCAUGGAUUGGCCUUGAAACACUACGAGGUAUCAAUAACUUGAAGUGGCAGGGCAGGGAACCUUUGACCUACACCAACUGGGCCAAGAACCAACCACAGGACACUACACGAUGUGGCAUUCUGACCACUGAAGGAUGGAAAGAUGAAGAUUGUAAUGCAAAGCAUCCAGUACUCUGCAGACAGAAUUUAGGGAGACGCCCAUCUGUACCACCUACUUUCCCUGGGUCGGUGUGUCCAGCUGGAAUGGUAGAAAUCGACGACCAGGACUGCGCAGUAGGCAUCAAUUCAACCUUUGCAACAUCGUGGGAAGAGGCACAGGAGAUAUGUAAAGCUUACGACAGUUCAAGCUCACUGCCAAGUGUACAUACUCUGAAUGAGGACAACAAUUUGGCCGGACUUUUCUACACUGACCCUGACCUGGAGGUGUGGAUUGGACUCAGCCCUAGUGACC